GAAGAACUUUUCGCAUUACGCCUAGUUCAUAACAAAUCAGCAGAGCUUUCCGUAGUUUAUAUUAACAAUAUACCGGAUAUCGAUAUCUGAAAGUCAUGGAGGAAACGGACAACGAUGCAACAGCGCCACCCGUAGUUGUGGCGGACACAAAGUCUAGCGCUCCUAACAAGAAAGUACGCCGCGUGCGGAAGAAGUAUGCGGAUGACGAACGCCCUUUUGCGUGUGAUCACUGUGGUCGCAAGUACGCGUUUGAACUUUCCCGGGAUCAGCACAUCCGCCUCAAACAUGUCAAAGUGCAGCCUCGAUCACGAGUCCCGUCUAACUCUAUUCUAAUCAGAGGGUGGCGAGCUCUGCCAUUCGCUCAAGUGGUAGGGAAGGAUCGCAAUCCGAGUACCCUAGCGGGCCUACUGGAAAACACGCCCAGUAACACGAUUUCUAAUCUUGAUCGGCUAGCCACGAAGAGGACAAUCGCACAUGUAUACGAUGACAAGGAGCUUGAUGUAAACGAAACUGCACAUUCAUUUGUCAGGCCUGCAUGUUCACAAAAGAUGAACGAAGUUUCCCGACCAGAUCGCCUUGCAGCAUCUCAAGAACAAUAUUGGGUUGCUGACGGCAAGCGAUUCACAUCGACAAAUAAUCUUCAGAGGCCUCAGGUUGAUGUGGCUGAGGAAUUGCAUCCUACGCGUAUAAAACCAGGACAUCAAUCGGGUAUAUUUCACGGACAAAACUUUCUGGCACACUGUGAGCAGCAGCAGUCGAUUCGGCGAGAACAGCAUCCGUACCAAAUGAGUGACAACCCGGGGAUAUCAUUGAGCGAAAGUACACGAUGUGCCAGCCGUGAGACAACAAUGUUACCAUGCAGAGGUUCGGCCGCGUCUGGCACCGACGUCAGGACCCAGGGAGCGUUGGUUUCUGGGAUUAAUGCAAACGUGAACGGAGAUUUCGAUCUAAUUAAGUUUACCAGGUGCACGAGUUCCGGAACUAGAUCUCGAGCGAAUGCAGAUGAGAUCAAUGCCGAGCACCAUUUUAAGCAUGCGUAUCAUCCGUAUGAGCAACCACCACACACGUUAAAGCAUAAUGGUUUUCACCGCGACACACAAUUUCCGACUCCACACAGGCAUCAUACAGACCAAAGGGGCAGUCGGAUGGAGAAUUCAACUCCUGUGUCGAAUGCUAAAGACCUCGAAAAACUGCUGAUUACUGUAGCGCAAUCAUGCCACGCAAACACUGAUGAAGGAGAGGGAAACCGGAAGACUCACAAUGACUUAGUAGCUAUACCGGAACACUAUGGUCAAAGCUCGAAAAUAAAUACUAGCAAAAACGGCCAAGGGGUCCCUUUCACUGUACCUCGACAUUAUCCACUAAGCAAUAGGCCCCAUGGCAGCUCAAAAUGCACUACCUCACGUCGCUCUAGCUCAAUAUCAACAAUGAACGACAGCGGACGUACAAACCAUACUGCGUGUUCAGCGCACGUACCCCUGUCGCGCACAGAUUAUUGCACGGGAAUUCCGUUGACACAGAUGGAGCCCUCUGCGAGUACGAAGUCUACUGCCAAUAAGGACUUGGAGUUGUUUCUUUCCAUUUUGAAGGAUCUAGAGGGAGACUCGAACCCCGUGAAGGUACAAUCGCAACCGAAUAUAGAAAAUACGAACAGAACAGGACACGACAAAGUAGUAAUGGGCCACAGCAAUUCCGGUCGUGAAGUCAUGUCGUCAAUAUAUAUGUCGACACAGACACAAGGACUGCAAAGGCAACUACAUUCAAACAGGGAACGAUGGCAUAUGCCCCAACACCAAUCGCAACACCAAUCGCAACACCAAUCGCAACACCAAUCGCAGAGCUGGUUAAUGACGAACUCAAAUUCAAGUUCAAGUUCAAAUUCAAUUUCAGGCUUCUCUGGUGCACAUCGACGACAAGCAUGCCGAUACCACACAGGUUCGGACGGUAGUGACACCUUCGGUGGAAGUGACAAUUCUAGUAAUGACACGUUUCGUUCUAGAUCCGAUACAGGGUGCAGUGAUUGAAUACACACACUUGCGAGUAUGGGGCAAUGCGAAGCGGUCUGCAGUACAUGUUCAAUUAGGACGAGUCUGAUCACUUUUGUUGCACAUUGAUGUGCAAUAUAUAGCACGGUGAGUAAAUCUUAACUAAUGAUUCAAAGCAAUCAACGUCAGAAUGUCAGCUACUGAUUAACCUAACGAGAACAUGAAGCCUUUCUUUCAAUAGCUAAAAUAUGCUAAAGACUUUAAGGACACAAUUUAGUAAAAUGGGUGGUAUAAUAAAAAAAGAAGCAGAA